AUGUCUAGGUUUCUCAAGACUUCGGAGGAUUCUUCCAAACGGUUUGGGCUCAGCAGGCCGAUUCGUGAGGAGUUUCCUUCUGUGGAAAAACUCCAUCAGACUACGAGACUGACUGAGUCUCUAAAGACAGCCAAUGUGUUCAGCAGUCGUGCUGAGCUGGAGCACCGGGAAAAGAUUGUGGGAAAUCUUUCGUCCCUUUUCAAACAAUGGCUGCAAGAGAUGUGCACUGAAAUGAACGUGCCUCAGUUGGUCAGAGAGCAGGUGGGCGGCAAGGUGCUUUCCUAUGGAUCUUUUGCGAUGGGUCAAAACAUGAAGGACGCAGACAUCGACCUGCUGUGUGUGGGACCACGGUUCAUCCCUCGGGAAUCCUUUUUCUCCUCCUUUGUGGAGAAAUUAAGAGGACAACAGCAUGUUCAAGUCAAACAUGUUCUUGAGAAUGCGUUUGUGCCCGUCAUCAAACUGAUUGUUGAGUCAGUAGAGGUCGACAUGGUCUACGCAAAAAUCAACGGGAGGCGAGUGUCCGACAGCCUGGACUUGAUGGACAGCACUAUUCUACAGGAAAUGGACGUGAUCUCUGUCCGCAGUCUCCAGGGUUACCGGGACACACAGGAGAUCAUGAGCCUGGUGCCCAAUGCCUACACUUUUAGAUUGGCGCUGGCUGCUAUCAAGCAGUGGGCCAAAAGAAGAAACAUCUACUCCAACAUGUUGGGCUUCUUGUGUGGAGUGUCAUGUGCCAUCAUGCUGGCCAGGAUCUGCCAGAUGUGCCCAUAUGCCACGGCAGCAGUGACGGUGGCAACAUUUUUCAGGGUCUACUCCAGCUGGAACUGGGCCUCUCCCGUCAUGCUGAGAGUCCCAGAGGAGCAGAACUGCAACUUACCCUCGUGGAAUCCAAGUAUGACUAGGCAGGAGCAGAUGGCCAUCAUCACGCCUUCAUAUCCGCAGCAGAACUCGUCCUACAAUGUCAAUCCGUCCACGAUAAAAAUCAUGAAGGAGGAGAUUCGGCGAGGUCACGCAAUAAUGGAGCAUGGUCUUCAAAACAGGUCGCUUUGGAAACAGUUGUUCGAGCCGUCUGACUUCUUCAAAGAAUACAGUAAUUAUGUCGUGCUGCGUGUCAGUGCCCCAACACAGGCCAAGCUGGAGGACUGGACUAGUUAUCUACAGAGCAGAGUGAGGCACUUGGUGGAAGCGUUGGGCAGAAACCCCAACAUAUCUGCGAUCUGCCCGAGUCCCCAGUCCUUUACAGAAAGGGAUGGACUGAGCACAUCUUUGCUGCUGGGUAUAAAAAUCCACUCCAGUGCGGUCAAUAGAUUGGAUCUACGAUCAAACGCUAGGAGAUUCAUCCAGAGGGUGUACACUGACGCUAAAUCCAGCACUGAAGGAAUACAUAUAGAUGCAAAUUUCUCCGACAGAAGCAGGUUAAAAGAGCUGAUACCAGCGAUGAGACACAGGCAGUAA